AUGAACCAAACUAAAUUUGACAAGAAAUUCGAAAUGAUAAAGAGAGGAAUUUUAAAAAAGGUGGAGGAACUGUUGAAUGCCACGGCGAGUUUUCUGAUAAAAGAUAGUAAUAAAUUCAUAUACAACUACACCCAAGCGGUCUUGCCGGAUUCAGUACACAGAAUUUUAUCGUUAGGACCUAAGUUCGGCCUUCCCCUAAAUAUCUCAGAAAUUCCAAUUCAUACCAUAAUAAAGGACCUGGAGUAUUGUAUAUCUAAUCUUGAAAGUGACGAAGAUGAGAGGAAUAGACUGAGAGCGUCCACUACCAACAUUCUGACCAAUUUUUACAGGAGAUACGAAAUGCCCAAAUUCACGAAAAGACUGAUGCAGGAGGUGCAUGAAACCAAACAGUUUCUUAAAACCCACACAGACUUAUUGGUGGGACGGUCAGAGAAGGGGAACUCAACAGUUAUCAUGCUCAAAAAGGACUAUGAAGAGAAAAUGCAAGAAAUGCUUAGUGACAGAAACAUCUAUAAACCAACCUGCAAAGAUCCUACCAUGAAAUAUCAAAAACGUGUGAAUGAGUUUGCAAAAAAGUUGGUAGAGAAUCAGUUUAUAAGUAAAACACUUAGCAAGAAGAUUAUGACUCACAAUUCGGUCCCCCCUAAGAUCUACGGGUUGAGAAAAACACAUAAAGAAAAUUUUGCCUUAAGACCAAUUGUUAGCUGUGUUAACGCCCCUUGUUAUAACUUGGCAACCUUUUUACAUCAGAUACUCUUACCAGUAACAACAACUUUCAAUUACAAGGUGAAGAGUUCAUUUGAGUUUGUGAAGAACUUAAACAAUGUACAGCUGCCUGAUCACUACAAGCUCAUUUCAUUAGAUGUCAUUUCCCUCUUUACAAAUAUUCCAAAAGGGUUAGUUCUGAGCACACUCUCUAAACGAUGGUCUUACAUAUCCGCAUAUACGAACAUUCCAAAGAAGAUAUUUCUAGAAAUGAUCGAGUUUUAUUUCGAUUCGAGUUACUUCAGUUUUGGAGGGAACAUAUAUUUACAGCUAGACGGAAGUGCCAUGGGCAACCCUCUUAGUCCAAUUCUAGCAGAGAUAGCAAUGGAUGAGUUGGUGUCUUCGGUGUUGGCGAACUUGCCUUUUGUUCUUCCCUUCUUCUGGUUAUACGUGGAUGAUUCGAUCACAGCAGUGCCCGAGGAGGAAUUCGAUACCAUCCUAGAUUACUUCAAUGCAUUCAACCCAAAACUUCAGUUUACCAUGGAGACAGAAAGAGAUAAUAAACUAGCCUUUCUAGAUGUUGAAGUACAUAGAAAAGAGUGUGGAACCCUACUUACGAAUUGGUUCACCAAGCCAACUAGCUCGGGCAGAAUUUUAAAUUACCACUCCUACAACCCUAUUGGCCAUAAGUUGAGUACUGUUAAGGGUUUACUUCACAGAAUGAUGAACCUCAGUCACCAUACCUUUCAUGACUCCAAUUUGAGAACUAUUAAAAACAUUCUCAAGAUGAACAAUUACCCGAAUACAUUCGUGAAUAAGUGCUCAAAUUCUUACUUCAGACAACAUAGGGCCUUUAACAACUCAGAAAAGCCUUCGUAUCCACCAAGUGUUUAUACACGCGUUUGA